CAUAAUUGUGAUGAGUAAGAAACAAUGUUCCCUUCCCUUGAAAACAUUCCAACAUUAAGUAGCUCUGUUUUCUUGCAUUUGGCUCUGCCUCCGCGCCAGCUAUGUUUCUCCUCAUCUUCUCCCUUCUUUUAGCCUCUCCGGCCGCCGCCGCGGCCGACAAUGCCGCGGGGCCGAAGAGCAUAUUCCUCCUCGCCGGCCAGAGCAACAUGUCCGGCCGCGGCGGCGUCAUCAACGACACGUGGGACGGCGUCGUGCCGUCCCAGUGCCGCCCCGACCCGAUGAUCCUCCGCCUCAACGCGGCUCUCGCGUGGGAGGAGGCCCGGGAGGCCCUCCACCGGGACAUCGACGCCGAGAAGACCUGCGGCGUCGGCCCCGGGAUGCCGUUCGCGCACUUGGCGCGGCGGAGGGAUCCCGGGAUCGGGGUCAUCGGGUUGGUCCCCUGUGCCAUUGGAGGGACCAACAUUAGCGAGUGGAGGCGCGGCGGCCGCCUCUACGGCCAGUUGAUGGCCCGGGCCCAGGCCGCCGUGCUAGGCGGCGGAGGGCUGAUUCGGGCGGUUUUAUGGUACCAAGGCGAGUCCGACACCACAAGUCACGAGGAUGCUAGGUUGUAUAAGAGGAGAUUGGAGAGGCUUUUUACCGAUAUCCGGUCGGAUUUGCUUUCACCGGUGCUUCCGGUGAUCCAGGUGGCGCUAGCAUCGGGGUCCGGACCCUAUGUCGAUGUGAUAAGAAAAGCUCAGCUCGAACUCGAACUCCCAAACUUGAGAUGUGUAGAUGCCAAGGGAUUGGAUCUCGAGCCGGACGGGCUCCAUCUCUCGACCAGAGCCCAAGUCCGGCUUGGGCAUAUGCUCGCCGACGCCUUCCUCGGGAUUACGGCUCCUCUACCCGUUCAAAGCAGUGGUGCUCACCGGAGGUGCAACAAUUUUUUCCUUGACCUCUUUCUUAGAUGGAUUAGGUAGACAUUUUUAUCAAGAAUAAUUAUUAUUCAAACUAAAUUGUAUUUUAAGUUUUCAACUUCAUUUCAUCAUACAUAUCAAUAAAAUACGAAUUCUUUUUUUAUCUA